CUCAUCCUGUCUCUCUCCUCUGCCUUCCUUCUUCUCCUCAGUCUCUCCUCCUCCUUUCCAUUACCAACUCAAACCUUCUCUCUAUCGCUCAUUUGUUUCCCAAUUAGUCGUCAUUCCAAUCUCUUCUUGCGGUCGCUCGUUUCCAAUUAUAAUGGCAGAGCCUCGCGACACUCAUGUCGUCGAGAUCCCUGCGGCCGCCGGCGCAGAACCCCGCCGGCAUUCCGACGGAGACGACAACGCCCUCGCCGUCAUACAGAACCACCCGUUGACCCAAAUCUCCGAGAGCCCCGGCCACCUCCUCCUCCUCAAGCUGUGGCAGCGCGAGGAGGACCUCCACGGCCGCCGCGCGGCCGCCCUCGAGGCCCGCAUGGACGGCGCCAAGCGCGAGGCGUUCCACCUGUCAUGCCUCUUCCUCGCCUUCCACGGCCUCUCCCUCACCCUCCUCUUCGCCGCCUCCGUCGCCGGCGAAGCCUGCAGGGACUGGUGGGUGCCCUCCUGCCUGUCCCUCCUCACGUCGCUGGUGCUGGUCGGCGCGGUCCACUUCCGGGUCCGCGCCUACUGGGGACUGUCGCGGCUGCUGCAGCGGGAGCGGGCCGACGGCCGGGCGCUCGCCAGGUGCGUGCAGGAGCUGCGGAUGAGGGGCGCCAGCUUCGACCUGUCCAAGGAGCCGCAGACCUCGAAGCGGAUGAAGAGCUCGAGCGUGGAGGUGAAGUGGCGGCCUCUGCAAUGGUGCUCGCAGAAUCUCGUCACCAUUUGCCUUCUUUGCGUUGCCGGGAUCGUCUUCCCGGCUUGCCGUUUCAUACUCUGCGGCUAAAACUUACGGCCUCCAUUUCUUGAAGAUUAGAUCGAGGCUCAGUCCUUCAUUUUUAUGUUGGUUUAGCUCGUUCUUUUGUUUCAGCUCUGUUUUCUACUUCUUAUGAUUACAAGUACACCGAAGAAGAACACCUUUAAUCGUGUUCUUGUUUGCUUUCUA